AUGCCUAGUAUUGAAGCUGCCCUGAAUGAUGAAGACUAUAUUAUCAUGCGGGCUAAGGAAGCCCAGAAGCAAAAUUUACAUUAUGCCAAAGCGUGGAUGUUAACAGCGAAAACACUAUUUCCAACUAAUUUUAAAAUUCAAUUUGAAGCUUAUCAGAUGGAAAAACAAUCAGGAAAUGUCCAGGAAGCUGCAGAAUGCUUUACCUCAUUAAUAAUGUCGAGACAAAAUCUUUCAGACUUACUCCCUGAAAUAUCAGCAAUAGCAAACGCUCUUAGGUCAUCGGAAACCAGUUUUUUAAGUCUUAUGUUUGACAAAAUUGUUCCUGAAAUUCAGUUGACAAUUUUGAAAACCAGUGUAGAAAAUAGCGAUGACACUAUGGAGCACUGCCGUCUAUUGGUGUUAUUAUUGAAGAAAUUUCCACAAUUGGGAGUCGAUAGCUUAGUUAAGACUUUAAUAAAUACUGAUAAAUUUUUUUAUGAUAAUCGAUAUGCACGUUUACUUGUUGUUGAUACUUUGCCAUUGUUAAGUUCUCUUGAAUCACCUAGGCUUCUGCAAAGAUUAUUAAUUAAAGCUAUUGAUUUUUAUAACUCCUAUAUUUAUGAUGAAUCUGAGCAUGAUAUUACUGAUCCAUGGCAAAGACUAUAUGGUGUAUUGGAUUUAUUGGGAAGGCAACUUGGUUGGGAUGUUUUUCUGGUCAAUUAUAAUAAUAGCUUGAAUAAGGAAACAUAUUUUCAAAAGUUGUUGUCAUUAAGGAAUUGUGAUGACUGUAGACAACUCCUAUAUAGUGGAAUAACAUUUUUCUUGAGAUCCCUUUAUGAACAAAAAUCCUUGAAAGGUAAUCAUAUAUUGGUUGAAGCAUUCUCUGAUCCUGAUAUACCACCUCCUAAAAAAAGAAAAGGUGACAUUGACGUGACUGGAAUUUCAGCUCACCAGUUUCAAGCAGCAGCAAGUUGUUGGGAGCUACUACAUACUAAUGAAGUAAUAUCACGUGAGUUUGCAAAGUUAGCUAACCAACUGCAAGCAAAACCAUGGUCCGAAGGAUUUGUUGAUGAAUUAGCAUUAUAUAGAGGGCGAUACGAAGAAGCCAUGCCGCCAGCAACAUCCAACAAUUUGACAGCAUGCAUUAUUAGAGCAUCUAUCCAUUACUUUCAGAAAAAGUAUGCUGCCUGUAUUGAAAGCAUAUUAGCAGCGUUGCCGCAAUUACCACAUACUGAAGGCGUUUUAGAAACUGAACUUAUAAUUGGUGGUAAAUCAAGGCACUUACAUUAUUUGCCUUUAACUAAAAUAUCUAUAAUGCAUUAUUUUUGUACUUUACUGAUAAGAAUUUUGCUAAGUACUGGUAACACUUCAGAUUUGACAUAUGGUCAUAUGUUGGUAUUAAUGCAAUUAGGCUGGCCUCAGGAAGAAGCUAUAUUCAUCCAUAUAUUAGAUGUAAUGAAACAAAAAGGAGUGUUUCAUUAUCACUUAUUUUCAGCAUAUAUUAUACAUAUUGAUAUUCUAGAAGAGCUUAGUUUUAUAUGGAAUGAACAAGGCAAUAAUAUUGCUCUAGAUAUAUUACCCAAUUCACAGCAGCAUUUAGGGCAAAGAAGAAUCGGUACUAGAGGGGCAGAUAAAGGAGUCAAAGAAGAUUUUAAGCAAGCAAUGAAAGCUCAAGUGUCUCGAAGUAAUGAAUCCAUUUUGAAUUUGAUGAUACAAUUUAUAACAUCAGAGAGAUCAUAUUUACUUCAAAUAUUGUAA